CUCGUUCACACCGGAGGCGGAGCGGCAAAGCGGCCAAGCGGCUAAGCGGCAAAGCGGGGAAAACCUCCUCUCCAGGCGGCGAAAAACGGGCGGAAAACGAGGCGGCUAGUCCGAUCGCCCCCGGACCGAUUUUUUGCCGCCCGCCCAAGCUCGCCGCUUUGCCGCAGCCAAUCAAAACGCACUGCGGCGGUGGCGCUGAUGUAUAUCCUUGACGUACACAUGCGGUUGAAAUAAUGCAAAUGGCGUCCAUCAUGUCUGAGCAAACGGCUGUGUUCUGUGCGGAGCUUUUAUUAGAUGCUAUUAAGCAGUACCCGGUGCUUUACGACAAGUCGCUGCCUCGCUACAAGGAAGUAGAGUACAAAAAGGAGCUAUGGAUGAAGAUUGCAGCGGAUUUGGGUGUGACUGCUACAACUUGCCAGACAAAGUUUAAAAACUUAAAAGACACCUUCACAAAACUGAAAACCAAAAUCAAGGACAAAAGCAAAAGUGGGGCCGGAGCCAAGGACAUUCCCUCCGUUAAGUGGAAGCAUUUUGAGGCGAUGCUGCCAAUAAUGGAGAAAGUGUACGAGGAGCCCAUCAUAUGCAGCAACAUCACUUUUGAGCAGACCAGAGGGGCAGAAUGUCACUCUGAGGAACCUGCCACAAGCAAAGACAACGUCGAAGACGAGUUUUUGUGGAACGACAUCUUUGAAGAUGAUGCAGUGGACCUGGAGAAGUGUGGCAGCAGCUCAUCCGAGAGAAGUGGUCGUCGAGCUGCAACGACUGACAGUUCUGAAAUACCACCAGAGACUGAUACAGUAGAAACAGAAGUGGAGGAGGCGAACAAAAGGCAAGGACAGUGUUGUUGUUGCUGCACAUGGUGUGUUCAAACAAUGGGAAAUGCAUUGAUUAAUUUAAGUUUUUCAACAGUGCAUCAAGGUCACAGAAGUCACGUCGAACAUCAAGAAACCGAAAGACGCCUUCUGAACAAACACCAACAUCUAUGGACGUGGCAGUCGAAUGUCUGAGCCACAUUAAAACGUCGCGGGAAAACCGAGACCAACAAAAAGAUGUCCUCUACCAUUUUGGACUUACGAUAGUUGGAAUGCUCCGUACAUUGUCUUUAAACGACCAGUUUGAUACAAUGAAUGCAGUACAAAAUUUAGUGUACAAUAAAGUGAAGGAGGCCAGGGAGCGAGAAAAUUCAGAAUGACUGGACUGCCAAUAAUGCCAAAAUUUUGUGUUUUCAUAAUAAAAAUUCGUGUUGGUUGACAUGACUUCGGAUGGUUUCGCCUGUUUGUUUUUCCUUAUAUUUGUGUCGAAAAUGCAUUGUUUGCAUGUUUGUAUACAGAUAUGCAUAGUUCGAACCGAAUUUCCAUUUGGUACGCACUUAUUAAGUAUAGGCAGCGGAAAGGCAACGUUAGAAAAUAGCUUGGUAAUUUGUAUCACACUGUUUACACUUCUUUGGUAGUACUUUUGUACCGUGAUAUUGUCCAAGCUGUGGAAAUAAAGCAU